CCCCCCUCUCUUUUCUUUCUUUCUUUCUUUCUUUCUUUCUUUCCUCUCUGCUGCCGUGUCCAGUCUGGAUCAGAAUCGUGGCACCUUCAGCUGCAACAAAAAAAAAAACAACAACAAAAAGACCUUUAAUUACACAGGAAUCAAUAGCAACUGCAAAUAACCAGAAAGCAUCUUCCCUGAGCGUGGAGAAUAAGAGAGCGCGGCAGAGAGAGAGCGAGAGAAGGGAGGCUGGGAGUGUGGGCACAGGGGCUGGGGAAUUCGGACCCCCACUCACUGCUGGCUGGCUGGCUGGCGCUUCCUGCAGAGGUUAAGGAGGGAGGAAGGGCGGGCGGGAGGGGGGUGGUGGUGGGGCGGGGGAAGAGGAGAGACUUCGCAUUUUCUCCGCCCUGGCUCUAGCCGGCUCGGUGGUCUCGGUUGUGUCCGAGGGAGGCUCUUUUCUCGGCGGCCAGAGAGAACGGCAGCGCACAAGGUUGGCGAUGGAAGAUCAGUCCCGGCUGCGGCAUCCCCACGCCGGGGUCAGUAUCCCGGGGCUGCCCCAGCACCUGCAGCAAGACAGCGGGGGCGAGGCCGAGGGCAGGAAGCAGGACAUUGGAGACAUCUUACAGCAAAUAAUGACCAUCACAGAUCAGAGCCUGGACGAAGCACAGGCGCGGAAACAUGCUUUGAACUGCCACAGGAUGAAGCCUGCACUCUUCAACGUGCUUUGUGAGAUUAAGGAGAAAACAGAGAAAGAUGGUGCACCCCUCCAGAGAGAGAACUAGCAAGCCACGAGGCAACGGCGUGUAAAGAGUUUGAGAAGAGCGCUGGCCGGCUGCUAUCAGUAGCAGAGCCUGGUGGGCAGUCAGACUUUGGACUGUGGAGAGGUGGACAUUUUAUUGUGUGUCUAGGGGAGGCUGCGGAUGGAGUUGCAAUGGGCCUUGAAGUGGCAGAGGAGAGUUGAUGGAAGGGUUGAUCUCCCUGUACACCUGGAAGAUCAAGGCCAGAUUAUAAUAGGAGUGAGCACAU